CACCACCUUUGCUGCAGCCCGUCUGUUCGUCCACCACUCACACUCCUUCCCAUCGUGACCUGCACGGUAUAAUAUUGCCAUUGGCGUCCGCCCGCUGCACUGCUGCACUGCUGCAGUAGCCUCCUUUGCCACUUCCUUGGUCGCGCGGCCUGCUCUGCGUUGCCUACUCUGCAGUGCUGCCCUGCAGCCGGACUUGGGGAGAAGAGACGAGAGAGACACUGGCCGACAUUGAGGAGGCGGCAGGGAGAGCAGAAGAAGGCCUUGCGUACGCACACAGAAGGGACAGAGUGGCAGAGUGAAAGCUGCAUAAAAACACGCGCUGCGUCCUGCUCGUUGGUCGCCAUCCUCAUGUCCUGCGCCAUACAUCAUCUGCGCUCGUCUCCUCUGCACCCCUUCAAUUUCCUGGUCGGCUCUCUAUUUUUCGAGGCAUUGCAUCCUUCGUCUUCAUCAUCAUCAUCAUCUUCUUCUUCGCUUUGUCUUGUCUCUUCUUGUGCUGCUGCCGCUUCUCCUUCUGCUGCUGCUGCCACUGCUUCUGCGCUCUCCAGCGUUGCAAGGUGACGCUGUGUCAAGCCUACUCGGCCCGGCCAACCAACAGAGAGCUUCCGUUGCGACAAUUGGCAUUGCGACGCCCUGGGCCAUCGCUCGCACACACAAAUCUGCUGAGACGCUCGUUCAUGAUGAGCUCCAGCUCUGGCUGACGAGUUAAAUCUGCUCGCUCGCGUCGCGAGGGUAAGACACGGUCCAGCUUUUCUCGCGGUGUUCGCGCUCCUCGUGAAAAAUCACGAUGGCUGGGACGACCACCAACCUCACCACCCAACCCCCCCUCUCAGGUUUUCCCUCGCUGUCAACGCUGCCAUGAUCGACCCUGCUUGUACUCUUUGAGCAUUGUGCUAAAAUUCCCCCUGCUAGGAAUUUGUCUCUCUCGUACAGAGGUGCACUCAAUUACUUUACACUAAAAAUUUCCUUCAUCAACGCGCCAGCUCCACGCGGCUCCAAGUCGCUACGCUUCCCAUCCAAGAAAUAAACUGGUUUGCCCACGCCCCGGCGACCUUUCGCUGACGGUCUGCCAGUGGUCACGGCAGUACUGCUCAUACCCUCAUAUUCCUCUGUAGCUGUUUGAGCCGCGAUCUUCGCGUUGACUUCGCCCGCCGGGGCCGAGCAGCUCUUCGCAGCCGGCACGUUGCCGUCAGCACAGGCUCCGCCAGACAUUAACGAGACUCACGACGAAUACGACCCUCCACGAUUUACGACACCGACGCAGCAACGCCAGCGGCCUACUGGCCCGGUUCUCCAUCGUCUCCCAUCCAAUCUCUUCUCCCGACCCUCCAGCUCGUCUGGGACUAGCCAUUCACUGCGCAGGACCCCGGGCAUCGAGGACUUACACCGUCCACGAGUACGGUCAAGCUCGGUCGGUGCGGACCACGCCAGACCACAGGUCCGAUUCGCCGAGCCUACUGAUCCCUCGCAAGCUGGUAGCGGUCGUCCCAUCCCUGAUCCUCAUCACGCUCUACGCAUCUCGCGAAGGACCCUCUCUGCCAUCCUGGUGGCGGUCGAGGCGCUCCGCACACCUCACCCCUUCACGCCAGAUCUCGAGGAGGAGCUAGCUCCUAUGUCAGACAUCAUGAGCAGUGGAGGAAGAGCGGCGAAUGGCGGCGGUGCACGCGCUCAAGUUAUAACGCCCAUCGAUAUCUUGAGACGGCGCGAGGAGCGGACCAAAGCUCAGCAAGAACGUGCUCAGGCAUCAAACGAAGAGUCGCGCAGACGGCUGAAGGAAGAAUGGGAACGGUACGACAGCCAAUCCGCUGGCGUUGCUGCACCUCCUCCGGUACAACCAUCAUCCGCCUCACAAGCUGCUUCAUCCGCAACACAUAGGCGAACGCGAAGCGAUGCCGUGCCUCUUUCCACGCGAGCACCGCAGACUCAGCCUGGUGCUUCCGCUUCUGCAAAUCCUCAAUCGACCAGUCAAUCAGCUCAACCUACGAGUUAUCCAUCCCCAUCUGCAGCUGCACAGGCGUCCUCGAAUGUACCCGCAUCAGCUCAGCCGACAGCACCUUCUAGUGGCACGGCGACACGACCACGGGCAAGCAGCGCCCGACAGCCACGACCUACCCAAGCUUCGGCAGGUCCAAGUGGAACUUCGCGUCCUCAACCGGCUGCCCAAUCGCAGCGACCUACAGAAGCCGCCUCGCAGACGGCUCAGGCACCACUACAGGAGAGUGAAGCAAUUCGUGCCGAGCGCGCUAGACUUGCGCGAGAAGCUGGAGUAGCGCCGGGAACGUCAAGUGAAGCGCAGGGUCGCAGAAGCGACGGCACCAUUUCAAGCUUCCCACACGCGUUUGAGCGGUGGGAGAUGCUGUCAUCCAAGUGGGAAGGGAUGACAUCGCAUUGGAUAUCGCGCUUGCAGAUGAACAGCGAGGAGUUGCAGAAACAACCAAUGCUUGCUCAGCUCUCGAGGCAGGUCACUGAUCUUUCCGCAGCUGGCGCCAAUUUAUUCACCGCACUGGUCGAAUUGCAGCGACUUCGAGCGUCAUCGGAGAGAAAAUUUCAGCGUUGGUUUCAUGACACUAGAAAUGAGAUGGAGCGUCAGCAAGAGCUCGUUGGUCGGAUGGAAAGAGCGUUGAUACAGGAGCGCCGCGACCGGGCCGAGGAUCAGGUGAAAUGGGAAAAGCUGUUCGAAAAUGCGCGGCGAACUGAGAUGAACUCCGCGAGAAUGAACGCGGAAAAGGACCGCGAGCUGCAGAUAGCCAAGGACGAGUCACGAAGAGCGUGGGAGGAGCUUGGCCGCUACGAGGCACUGGAGAGAGAGCGACAAAAGGCGCUUGCCCAAGGCAUGCCCGUGGAGAUAGGCGGCUACACUGUGUAUCCAAGACCGUUCUUGGACAGCAGGCAGGGUAGCGUUUCACACCGUCCCGGCGCACACGACGAUCCAAGACCAACGUCUCGACGAGGACCUCAGGCAUCGCAGACGGUGCAGGACGACCCAUUUGUAGCAGACGUUGGUGCAGGUGACGCAAUGGGUCAGUCUAGUGCGCGGACAUGGAGUCCAACAAGAAGUACAGCUGGUAGUCAUGCGCAAGAUUACACUCAAACAUACAGCACGGCUGCUUACACGACCGCGGACGGUGGAUACACGUCUUUCUCAUCGCCCCCUGGAGGCUCGCCGCCAGCAGGCUUUUACAGUCAGGCCAAUACCCAUCUUGGCAAUGACCCCAGCGACGACGACCAACUCUACGAACGAGAUGAAAGGGGCAACAUCUUGCGGGACGAGUUUGGCCGGCCGAUCUCAUACCACCGCGGCCUUCACGAAACACGCUCCUCGGACUCGGAGAACGACAACGCACAGUAUUCAUCCUUCGGCCAUGACCUCGCCGACCGACGGCGUGUGCCAGGCACGAACGGACACGUCGCGUCAGCCGCUCAAGCUGCUGCAGGAGCCGGAGCGCCCUCUAUGCAGACGCGCCCCGAAGCGGACUACCGCUUCUUCAACGAAGACGAUGUGACCGAUGAUCCAGGCUCGCGGUUUGCCGAGGCCAGUCACGCGCAUGAAGACAGCGCUCAUUACCAUCCCACUCGGCUGAGUGACGUCCCAGAAGAGGACGAACUCAGCCGCGCGAGUGAAGCGGGUGCCAGCCGAGGUGGCGUCCCCGGCACCUUUUAGACAUCCAACUCCAAGUGUGCGUGUGAUUGUGUGAUCUGCACGCCAAAAAAGAUACAAUAAAAGAAUCGGAAAGCGCUAUGCAUAUUUCCAAGGGCGGGCGUGGGAGUUUAGACGCCCCAGGUGGGGUGCAUUUGAUUCGGAAUGGUGCAGUUUGGUCGUACCCCCAUAUCUGUAUUCGGUCUUGGUGGUUUUUUUUUCCUUUUAAACUCUUCUCAAUCUAAUUUCUAGUGCUUUUCGUCAUCAAAUUUUACUUAUCGCCUCCGUCGUCGUCUUCUUCCUGCUAUACCACUGUACAAUACGUCAUCCCAUUGGCCCCCCCCCACGAACACGCCGUCAUUCUUAUUCUUUUGCUUCUUUUCAGAUGCAUCAGCAGGGGAAAGAGCGGAAUAGCAUUUGCGUGCAAGCGAGCGUUGCAUGGGCUAAGAGUAAAAUAUCUUUUAUUUUGUUUUUUUUCCUUCAUAUUUUUUCUAUCUCUUUCUGUCCUGCAGUUUUCUGAGCUUGUGGGUGCUCGUCUAUGUCCUCUGGCGCUGGGAACAUUGCGGCCGUUUGUGUGGAAUCGUGUCUGUCGUUCCGGCAGUGGAAGCACACCGCGCAUAGCUACGGAUAAGAGCGUGCGGUGAAGGAUGGAGACCUGUAGUGUAGGACCAUCUCCGCAAUAUGAAAGAGCCUGUGGC